CUCAUUAAAACAACAGCGUUUCGCGGAAAUUUGGAGGAUAAUAAAGAUGAACAGGACAGGUAUUGAUAUAUCAACGGCUCCUCCAUACACGGUUCUGUGGUGGAGUCACCUGCUGGGGAACCCUCAGUCCCUGUACAAUUUAUGUUCCUGGAGGCAGGAUGGGACGAUUAGUGUUUCAGACGACGUCGUAUACGUGACAGAAGUGGGGACGAAGAGAAACGGGUGUUGUGAUCGAUCUCGGGAAAUUAAGGUGGACAGUUCCGAGGAUUUGGAGCGACUGAGGAAUGAUCUUCUGACAAAACCUAUUCUUUUUCACGCAAAAGUUCAACACUUACAAGAAGAUGAUUACGUAGUUUUUAAACACUUGAAGACAUGGACAGCUGAGUUAGCCGUCCUCGUUAACACAAAAUUUCCAACUAUUCAAGAAGUUUUAACAAGCAAGCUGAAUCAAGCCACACAGGCUAUGCAGGAAGGCAAAAGAUUUUGUCUGAAGCUUAAAUUUGGAGAAGUUGUGAUGCAGUGGUAUGCUCAACAGGUGGAUCCGCAUUUGGGCUUGGAAAGAACCGAUUUUGGAAGCAUGACUUUCUACAUCCACAACUGCAGCUCGCCCAUUAACUGUUGCCUUAACCCACUUGUCAUCGUUUGCUGUUUUCCAUUAUGGCUCUUCGGGGGUUCCUGCUACUGUAUUCAAAGAAAAAUGGAUUGCAUGGAUGUAUCUCAUUGUUUUCGAGAUAUUCCUGUUAACUCGCUAACCCAAGACAUCAAGGCUUGCUCCCAUCUAAAGAAUUCCUUCUCAAUCCGUAAAUGUUUUUCCUAAUAAUUUAUAAUUCUACUCAGAGGGCAACCCAUUUAUGCACUGAAACAAUAUUUAUUUAAGACAUCACCGCCAGAUGAACCAUAUAUAUUUACAUUUUUAAUAGGAUAAAAAAUGCAAUUAAUAGUAACGUUUUUUUUUUUUUUACAAACUUUUAUCAUUAAAUAUGUACCAGGUAGUUCUCUUAUA